AUGUCUGGUUCCAGCUCAAGCACCCCGGGUCAGCCUGGCAGCUUCAAGCCUUUGGGCGAUGGAGUCUGGGAGGGUUUCAUUGAUACCAACAACGCCAUCAAGGGUCGAUGGUCACCAGCUGCGCAGAAAUUGCUGGCCGAGUCUGCCGAAGAAUUGUCUACCGAUGCAGCAAGUGCAAAGCAGGCCAGUGAGAGGGCCGCUUUCGAUGCGGCCCGUCACCUCAGAAGCGCCGCGGUAGUGAUCAAGGGCAGCUGGCAUACGUGGACUGUUAAUUCGGCAACCCCAAACGAGCAGACGCCCGACCCAAGGCAUCUCACCCUGGAUGUAUCAGCAAGCAGUGUUUGGAUGGGCCGGUUUAAAGUCCAUGCCUAUCUGCCAACUGCUGCGACUGGAGCCAAUCUCUUCAAACUCUGGAAGCCGACGUUCUCAGUCAUCAUCGUAAAUGGAGGCUUCAGCCAGACUCUGAGUACUAAGCCGGGUAUACCUAAGGGAUUUGAGAAAAAGCUUUCGGAGCCCAAGAAGAAGGAAGCACCGGCACCGGGAGCAGCGAGCUCGUCCACCCCUAAGCCUUGGACUCCGCCGCAGGGAGCCACAAAGAAGAAGGGUAAGGUUAGCAAGACAGAGUACUGGGCUAGUAAGGAUGGCAAGACAUUCUGGGACAUGAAAGGAAAGGCUAUCCCUGAGCCUAAAUGA